GGGCUGGCGUGCCCCUGGUGUUCGCACGCGCAAGAAGGCUGCAGUGCGCCUUGUAGAGAGAAGCCGUUGGGCAGAUAAGCUUCACUGGGGUAGGAGUUGCAGCGCUGCAGCCGUGACUUCAGUGGGAGUGACUCAGCGGUAUAUAUUCAAGAAGAGGUCUUCAAACAGAACCACAAAAAAGCAGGGUUGUAUAUUGCCUGGCUUACAAAAACGUGACCAGAGGCUUGUAGGAACCCAGCCCUGCGUAUCACUUAGGGACAUUGCUUCGGUAAGUCACUAAUUCGGUGUUCACGGGGACUUUAUAGAACGGGACGGCUGCACAUAACAAAACUUGACUGUGCUCCAGACCGAAGGUUGGUGUCUCCCCAAAAUUCAUGUGUUGGAACCUAACCCUCGACGGGAUGGUGUUAGGAGGUGUGGCCCUUGGGCCGUGAUCGGGCCGUGAGAGCUGAGCCCUCAUCAGUGGGGUCAUGUCCUUACAAAAGAGACCCCGGAGAGCUCCACCGUUGUUUCCGGCAUGUGACGGCACCGUGAAGAGAUGGCUGCCCAUGAACCGGGAUGGGGCUCUUCACCGGACACCGACCCUGCAGCGCCUUGAUCUUGGACUUCCAGUCUCCAGGACUGUGAGAAAUGCACUUGCGUUGUUUCUAAGCCGCCCAGUCUGCGGUGCUCUGUCAGAGCAGCCUGAGAGGACUAAGGCGGACUGGAUCUACAUUCCGUUACAGCAGAGCUGCCUGUGCGGGAGCAAUUCCUUCUGCCUGGAAGGUGUAACUAGCAUGGUCAAUGCAGGAGCGAUGAGCGGCUCUGGAAACCUGAUGGAUUUCCUCGAUGAGCCAUUCCCUGAUGUGGGGACGUAUGAGGACUUCCACACCAUCGACUGGCUGCGGGAAAAGUCCCGGGACACCGACAGACACAGAAAGAUAACCAGCAAAAGCAAGGAGUCCAUAUGGGAGUUCAUCAAGAGUUUGCUGGAUGCCUGGUCAGGCUGGGUGGUGAUGCUGCUCAUCGGCCUGCUGGCGGGCACCUUGGCUGGGGUCAUCGAUCUUGCCGUCGACUGGAUGACCGACUUGAAGGAGGGGGUCUGCCUGUCUGCCUUCUGGUACAGCCACGAGCAGUGCUGCUGGACUUCCAACGAGACCACUUUUGAGGACAGGGACAAGUGUCCCCUAUGGCAGAAAUGGUCGGAGCUGCUGGUGAAUCAGUCGGAGGGUGCCAGUGCUUACAUUCUGAAUUACCUCAUGUACAUCCUGUGGGCAUUGCUGUUUGCCUUUUUGGCCGUCUCCCUGGUGCGCGUGUUUGCACCAUAUGCCUGUGGCUCGGGUAUACCAGAGAUAAAGACCAUUUUGAGCGGCUUUAUCAUCAGGGGCUACUUGGGGAAGUGGACCCUGCUGAUCAAGACCGUCACCCUGGUGCUGGUGGUGUCCUCCGGCCUGAGCCUGGGGAAAGAAGGGCCGCUGGUGCACGUGGCUUGCUGCUGUGGCAACUUCUUCAGCAGCCUUUUCUCCAAGUACAGCAAGAACGAGGGCAAGAGGCGCGAGGUGCUCUCUGCCGCCGCCGCUGCCGGAGUCUCCGUGGCCUUUGGGGCUCCAAUCGGGGGUGUGCUCUUCAGUCUUGAGGAGGUCAGUUACUACUUUCCCUUGAAGACCUUGUGGAGGUCCUUUUUCGCGGCCCUGGUGGCAGCCUUCACGCUGCGAUCCAUCAAUCCCUUUGGGAACAGCCGUCUCGUUCUCUUUUACGUGGAAUACCACACGCCCUGGUACAUGGCCGAGCUCUUCCCCUUCAUCCUGCUUGGGGUCUUCGGAGGCUUGUGGGGAACCCUCUUCAUCCGCUGCAACAUCGCCUGGUGCAGGAGGCGCAAAACCACCAAGCUGGGCAAGUACCCAGUGCUGGAGGUCAUCGUGGUGACCGCCAUCACCGCCAUCAGCGCCUACCCCAACCCCUACACGCGCCAGAGCACGAGCGAGCUCAUUUCCGAGCUGUUCAAUGACUGCGGCGCCCUCGAGUCCUCCCAGCUCUGUGACUACAUCAACGACCCCAACAUGACCCGGCCUGUGGAUGACAUUCCGGACCGGCCGGCCGGCGUCGGGGUUUACACGGCCAUGUGGCAGCUGGCCCUGGCGCUGAUCUUCAAAAUCGUCAUUACCAUCUUUACGUUUGGCAUGAAGAUCCCCUCAGGCCUCUUCAUCCCCAGCAUGGCCGUGGGAGCCAUGGCGGGCAGGAUGGUGGGGAUCGGCGUGGAGCAGCUCGCUUACCAUCACCAUGACUGGAUCGUCUUCAGGAACUGGUGCAGGCCCGGAGCAGACUGUGUCACCCCCGGACUUUAUGCCAUGGUGGGAGCUGCGGCCUGCCUAGGUGGAGUUACCCGGAUGACGGUGUCAUUGGUGGUCAUCAUGUUUGAAUUAACGGGCGGUCUGGAGUACAUUGUGCCCCUGAUGGCAGCAGCUGUGACCAGCAAGUGGGUGGCCGAUGCCUUCGGGAAAGAAGGCAUCUACGAGGCUCACAUCCACUUAAACGGGUACCCGUUUCUGGACGUGAAGGAUGAGUUCACCCACCGCACGCUGGCCACCGACGUCAUGCGGCCACGACGGGGCGAGCCGCCUCUGUCCGUGCUCACCCAGGACAGCAUGACCGUGGAGGACGUCGAGACGCUCAUCAAGGAGACCGACUACAACGGCUUCCCUGUGGUGGUCUCCAGGGACUCCGAGCGCCUCAUUGGGUUUGCCCAGAGGAGGGAACUGAUUCUCGCAAUAAAGAACGCCAGACAGAGGCAGGAGGGCAUCGUGAGCAAUUCCAUCAUGUACUUCACGGAGGAGCCCCCUGAGCUGCCGGCCAACAGCCCGCACCCCCUGAAGCUGCGGCGCGUCCUCAACCUCAGCCCGUUCACGGUCACGGACCACACCCCCAUGGAGACGGUGGUGGACAUCUUCCGGAAGCUGGGGCUCCGGCAGUGCCUGGUGACACGGAGUGGGAGACUUCUUGGCAUCAUCACGAAAAAGGAUGUUUUGAGACAUAUGGCCCAGAUGGCGAACCAGGACCCUGAAUCCAUCAUGUUUAAUUAGAAACAAGGUGGCAUUUAUUUUGAGAAAAACUCAACUGUGUCAUUUUAAAAGAAAUAAACAGAUGAUAUGUUAUUAUUCUAAUGAACGAUUGUACGCUGGGGGCAGUGGAAACAAAAGCUUUGUUUGGAAAGGAAGAAGGAUGAAACCUUUUUUAAAAAAAGACAUCAAUGAGUAGGCAUUUUGUAGCUUUAACCCCUUGUGAGUUUCCAGCUGUGUUUCUUAAUGAGUUUAUUAACUGCCAUGGGGGCAUGGGGGUGGGUGUAAACGAUGUGGUUUGUCCAAGGACACGGAACUGAGUCCAGAAACGUUUGCCCCUUGUGUUUAAGGCUGAUGUUUGUGAAGCUUUGAGUCCAAAAAGGCAAAGGAGUAUUGGCCCGUUAGCAUCUUUUAUUUAUCGGUUCCUGAAGUUUUGCUGCUAUUUUACUGAAUCGGACUAAAGAUAUUCGCACUUACUUUGUUGGAAAAGACAAGAGAAAUUAAAUUGGAACAUAGUGAAAGCUGAAAGU